AUGUUUGUGUCCUUUUGCAGUCUUUCUCUCCCCCUUUCUUCUUUGUGCCUUUAUCAUUACUUUUCCUUUCAAUUUAUAUCGUUAUUGCUCUUUUCUUCUUUCUUUCUCCUUCUUUUUGUUGUCUGUUUUCGUUUUUCUUUCUAUUCUUUAUGUUUCGCCUUUUCUUCCUUCUAUCUCGUUUUUUUUUCUCUCCGUUUAUUUCUUUCUCCCGUUUCUUCUUCUUUUUCUUCGUUCUUUCUUCCUUUUCUUCUUUUUCUCCGUUUUCUUCUUUCUACCUUUUUUCUCCGUUUAUUUCUUUCUUCCUUUUCUUCUUUUUUCUCCGUUUUCUUCUUUCUACCUAUUUUUCUCCGUUUAUUUCUUUCUUCCUUUUCUUCUUUUUUCUCCGUUUUCUUCUUUCUACCUAUUUUUCUCCGUUUAUUUCUUUCUUCCUUUUCUUCUUUUUUCUCCGUUUUCUUCUUUCUACCUUUUUUUCUCCAUUUCUUUCUUUCUUCCUUUUCUUCUUUUUUCUCCGUUUUCUUCUUUCUACCUUUUUUUCUCCUUUUCUUUCUUUCUUUCUUUUCUUCUUUUUUCUCCGUUUUCUUCUUUCUACCUUUUUUUCUCCGUUUAUUUCUUUCUUCCUUUUCUUCUUUUUUCUCUGUUUUCUUCUUUUUUAUUUCCUCGUCUAUUUGCUUGGAUUUCUCUAUUUUAAUCGUUCUUUCAUCCCCUUUUCUUUUUACUCUUCUUCCUCAUCCUCCUUUUUUUCUUUUUUCAACUUUUCACUUUCGUCUUUUUUUUCUUUUUUUAAACGUUUUUAUCUCUUUCUCUUCCUUCUAUCUUCUUCGUUUUCUCUUUCAUGCUUUUCUUAUUCGCCAUUUUCUUUUUUUACUGUCUUCUCUCCUUUUAGCCCUUCUCCAUUCUCCUUUUUCUUCUCUAUCAAAUUUUACUGUUCAGUUUUCUAUUUUAUCUCUCAUCCUCGGUUUUUUCUAUCCCCUUUUCUUUUUCAUUUUCUUUGUCUACUUAUUCAUUCCUCUCCUCUUCUUUCUUAUUCUUUUUUUUCUUUCUUUACCUUUAUCUCUCCCCCUCCUCCAUCUUUUUAUUUUUUUACUUUUUCUCUCUUUCUUCUUUUCCACUCUGCGUUAUUUUCGUCUUUUUCCUUCAAAAUUUAUUCCUUCCCCAUUUUCCUUUUUUAUUUUCGUUAUCUCCUCCUUCACUUCUUCCAUUUUUCUUUCUUCUUCAUCAAGUUUUUCGUUUGUCGCCUUUUUCUACAUUAACUUUCAUUCUCCUUCACUACUUAACUUUUACUUUUUCUGUGACAUGUUUUCUCUCCAACUCAUACUUCUUCAUCUUAUUUUUCUUCUUCAUCUUCUUCACGCUUUUCUACUUUAUUAUUUUCUUAUUUUCCUUUUUUACUUUGUUCUCGUCUUCUUCUUCUUCUUCUUCUUCUUCUUCUUCUUCUUCCCUCCUCCUCCUCUUUCUUCUUCUUCUUCUUCAAAUAACAAUUUCCUUAUUAUUUACAAGGAUUUGAAUUCAUUACAUUGGUUGCCCUUCUUCUUCUUCUUCCCUCCUCUUUCUUCUUCUUCUUCUUCUUCUUCUUCUUCAAAUAACAAUUUCCUUAUUAUUUACAAGGAUUUGAAUUCAUUACAUUGGUUGCCCUUCUUCUUCUUCUUCUUCUUCUUCUUCUUCUUCUUCCCUCCUCCUCCUCUUUCUUCUUCUUCUUCUUCUUCUUCAAAUAACAAUUUCCUUAUUAUUUACAAGGAUUUGAAUUCAUUACAUUGGUUGCCCUUCUUCUUCUUCUUCUUCUUCCCUCCUCCUCCUCUUUCUUCUUCUUCUUCUUCUUCUUCUUCUUCUUCUUCUUCAAAUAACAAUUUCCUUAUUAUUUACAAGGAUUUGAAUUCAUUACAUUGGUUGCCCUUCUUCUUCUUCUUCUUCUUCUUCUUCUUCUUCUUCUUCUUCUUCCCUCCUCUUCCUCCUCCUCCUCCUCCUCUAUUCAACUUCUUCAUUACCUUUUUUCCUCCUUCCUCAUUGUCUUUUUUUCUACUUCGUUUCUAUUUUCUCUUCUCUUCUCCACGCUUCUUUUUCCUUUUACUUCCUUCUCCAAUCUUCAUGUUUUCCUUCUUCUUCUUUACUUUUUCUUCUUCCUCAAACUUUCUAUUCUUUUCUCACCACGCCCUCCAUUUCUUCUUCUUCUUCUUCUUCUUCUUCUUCUUCUUCUUCUUCUUCUUCUUCUUCUUCUUCUUCAAUCUUUCCUCUUUUUCUACAUUUUCCCAUUGGUUUUUGCUGUAA